GUCACUGAAGGUCAUGACGCUGUUGCGUUUUUGAAUUUUCACCUCAGGGAAAUGAAUAAAUAUUGAUGCUUGAUAGCUUUGUAGUGCCUAAUAAGUCAGACAAUGCCUUGAAAAAUGGUACAAGCAACGAAGAUUCUAUAUUUUGCGACUACUUCUCGAAUAGUCAAGGAAGUUUUUCCAAUUGCAGGUUGAGGGAUUUUAACAAUGUUUCGGAAACUUUGAAAUUUAUAGAGCAUUUAGAUUUAUCUCGAAACUUUAUCACAAAUAUUCCGAGCGGAAUUGAACAAUACAGAUUGCUUACUACCCUGGAUUUAAGCUUCAACAAAAUUUUUUCUGUCCCGGAUUCACUAUGCAAACUGCCGAGCCUUCGGAUUUUGGUAAUGUCCAACAACUAUUUGUCGUCUCUUCCUGCAAGUGUUUGUGAUCUUCAUAACUUGCAAGAGCUAGAUUUGUCAUUCAAUAGGUUUAAAUGCUUUCCUUCUUCGAUUUGUUCACUUCACAGUCUAAAAGUUUUACUAUUAGGAUGCAACCUGAUUGAAACACUUCCAGAAGGCAUAGUUGGCCUUCGUUGUUUGAAGAUUUUAGACUUGCAUUCAAACGGAGUAAAACAACUGCCUUCGAGCAUUAGAUUUAUGUGGUGUUUAGAGAGGUUGUCUCUAGAGGAAAAUCCCCUAUCUCCUCCCCUUUUAACUUUCGUUGCUCGCGGGAUCCCAUACAUAUUUGCAUAUUUAAAUCAACAAGCUUUAUGCAAUUCUAGUAAUACAAGUUGCGAAAAAUUUCAUGAUUCGUUAACUAAAUCGUCUUCUGCUCAUGCAAUAAGUACUUCAAAUCAACAAAAUACUAUGAAACUUUCUGAAAUUCAGUACGUGAAUUCAGACUCUUCUGGUCCAUGUUUUGAGAAAACCGAGGUAAAUACGGAUUCUGACCAAAGAUACAUAUCGAAGUCUGAAAUCACCAAUGCUUCGCUGACAAUUCAAAACUUUACCUAUUCAACAACAAAUAACAAGAAUGAACGAUUUGACGAACCAAAUGCUCAACUACACUCAAAUGACUUUAAUUGUACUGAGAAUUUUAGUCAUAAUGAAUCAACACAUUCUUGUGUAAAUGAAACAUUGAAAUCUGGAUCGUCAUUUAGUUCUUUAUCAACUGAUGAUAAUGAAUCACUAACAAUGAAUAUGUAUUCUUCUGCUUAUGAGAAUGUUAUUCUUGAUAAGAAUGAAAAUGAAGUUUUCUAUUUAAAAUCAAAUAUUUCUCAACAAUUGAUACAAACUAUCAAUAACUCCCAAGUUAAACAGCCUAUCUCUCCCAGCAAUGACAAUACAAAGAAGGUAAUAGUACCAAAGAUUCUGAAUGGGAAUGAUUCAGCAGUAGAAUCUUCAGCAGUACAAACAAUUAGCAGUGAUAUCAUUACAAAUGAAACACCAUGUAAUGUUUAUGAACCAACUAAUAAUGGUCAGAUACAAGAUUGUCCAACAAAUUAUUCUUCUUUUAAAUACGAUAAACCUGAUAAAGGUGGUCCCAUUUCUAGUUAUACUCGGUUAAGUUACUCUAAACGUCAACAGAUAGAACAUGAUAGGAAUGUUCAUAGUAGUUCUGGUAAUAUAACACCAGAUUCAUAUUUAUCAGAAAAUUGUAGUAUAUCUCAAAUAAAUGAAUAUGAUUGUCAAAGUUUUAAUCAAUACCAUACUGAUGAACAGUUAGUUAAUCGAAGAAAUCAUACACAAAUAUUAUAUCAUCCUCAGAAAAAUAAGUUAUAUGAUGAAGAUAUAUCUAAUAAAAUAACACGUGUUGGUGUUGCUUUGUGCAUGCCUUCAGAAUGUACUUUAAAAUUACCUAAAAACAUUCAAACUUCACAUAAUUGUCAACCACAAACAAAUAAACAUCGUGAAGAUUCAAGUAUAGCAUUUUCUACUGAUUAUUUAAGUAAAGAUGAUAGUAGAAAACCUGAAACUCGGAAUAUAGAUACAUCGAAGAAUAUGAAAAUGAAUUCACAUAAGGAUACCGUUAAAUGGGAGGAAUUAAAUUCUGAUGAUUUAAGAAGAAUUAAUCGAUUAAGAAGAAUAAUCGAUAAUGAAUUAAACAUUCGUCUACCAAUAAAUCCAAAACACUUAGUUAUUGAAUUAAGUACUGGUGUUAUUUUAAUUCAGUUACUAAAUAAAUUUAUCGGGACAACAUCAAAUAUCAAAGACUGUAAUUGAUCAGUCUCUUAUUGGAAUAUGUACAUCCUGUGCAGAUCGCAUUAGAAGCAAAGAUGUAUGGUGACUAACAUUGGAGUCCAGGACGCGCGUUUCGUCCUAAUUUGGAUUCGUCAGCUAGAUAUACCUGCAUCCCAGAGUUAAUGUUUACUCUAGGACACAAACCCAGUACCGUUCACUUCAAACGCCAUUACUUUAUCCAUUCAGUUACUGUAAUGUUAAUUCACCUGAACUGGUGACUACAUUACUACAUAGUCGAUAGAAUUCAAUCAACACUAAGUACUAGAUGUAACAUCAAUUACAUUUAAGCGGUGAAUUAUUGUAAAAUCAACCUGUCAUUCUAGUUGAAUAAAUUUCUAGCAAAACCUUAUAUUCAAUUACAUUAUUUUAUGUGCUUCUACUACAGAAUUUCAAUUGAAUAUCACUAAACAAAGGAUUUAGAAAUUAUAUUUAACUCUUUUUAGUAAACUUUCCAUAUCGUUCUGUUUUACUUGCUGAGCUUAAAUAAAUAGGAUCCAAACGUUCGCUUUUUCGAAUUUCAACUGUUAUGACCUUACCUAUACGAUCAUUGCGAAAUGCGAUUGCCAAUUUAGAUACGCCGACCUAUACGAUCAACUAAUGACGCAUACAUCUGUAUGAACAGCCUAUAGUUCCGAUUAGUCCUUUUCCCGACUAACCAUACCUAUUGAGUCCAGAAUGCCAAUCUCAGCCUCCACGAUACGAAUCAUAUAUUUCAGACAUACUGGGUUUAUAUACAAACAAAUCAGACCAUAUCACAGAAUAAAAUAGAAAAUAUCAUUUGUACAAGAUCUAGCCAAAAGUGGCUGUGAUUGUGAGCU